AUGCUGGCCAUUCGCAGCCUUCCAUUGCUGUCCAUGUUUGCGGCCGUUGCAGCCAUGGAACUGACGAAAGAAACUUGGGACGAGAAAACAGCAGGCAAGACGGUCUUCGUGAAGUUUUUCGCACCAUGGUGUGGCCACUGCAAGAGCAUGAAGCCAGCCUGGGAUAAACUCAUGGAAGCAUACAAAAAUGAUGAGUCCAUCCUGGUGGCCGAUGUGGAUUGCAUUGGCACUGGCAAGUCCAAGUGUGAUGAGGUCGGCGUCAAGGGUUUUCCCACCAUCAAGCACGGAGACCCCAAUGACUUGGAGGAUUACAAAGGUGGCCGCGACUUUGAUGCGUUGAAGAAGUUUACGGAGACUUUGGGCCCCACCUGUGGUCCCAAGAACCAGGAUCUCUGCGAUCAGGACAAGAAAAAGAAGCUUGAGGAGUUCAUGAAGAUGCCCAUUGGCGACUUGAAGAAGCUCAUCACGGAGCAAGAGGCCCUGAGUGAAAAGGCCGAAACCGAAUUGUCCGAGCUCCUCAAGAAGCUUCAAGAGCAGUAUGAAACAGGGCAGAAGGACAAAGAAAGGAAGCAGCAGGAGAUCAAAGAUGCAGGGCUGGGUUUGAUGAAGAGCGUGCAGGCGUACAGGAAGACCGAGAAGAACGAGCUGUGA